ACAAGAUGGGAGUCUCCUCAACUUUACGACAAAAAUGGAACGAGGCGGGAGAAAAUGUUCCCGUGAUCCACAUCUUACCACGUGGUUACACUUGUCCUAAUGCUUCUCCCUUUCCUCUGAAAUUGGAGACGUAUCUGCGGAUGAAGGACAUAAAAUAUGAAGUGGAUACGGAACAUCCCAUGGGUCCCAAAUCGAAAGUCCCUUGGAUGACUCUCAAUGGCAAGGAUAUAGCGGAUUCUCAAAUGGCCUUGGAAGCUUUGAUGAAGGCCAGGAAUGAAGAGAUCGAUGGUCAUCUCACCCCUCAGGAAAAGGCUAUUGCCAGAGCUUUCCUCGUUCUCAAUGAGGAUCACUUGUAUUGGGUGAUGGCCUCAGACCGAUUCCAACCGGAGAACAUGAAGUUCAUGAGCACAUUUUCACCUCCUAUGCCCGGAGUCCCGGGCUUCCUUCAAGGUGCAAUGACCAAGUUCAUUCAACGAGGGAUCAAGAAGCAGACUUACAACCAUGGGAUUGGACGUCACAGUUGGGAGGAGAUGAAACAAUUGGGCUUGGACGAUCUGCAGGCUCUUUCGGACCAACUCGGGAACAAACCGUUUUUCAUGGGAAUGGAGCCGUCUCUUCUUGAUGCUUCAAUCUUUGGCAUGCUGUGUCAAAUUUUGUAUUGUACCAAGGAGGAUAACUUUAUGCGAAUGAAGAUCAAGGAGGAGCUUGUGAAUUUGGAAGGGUUGGUAGAGAGGAUCAAGGAAAAAUAUUGGUCGGAUUGGGACGAGACCCUUGGUACAGUGGAGAAGGUCAAAGCAUCUGAGCCAGAGAAAGAAUCAAAAUCUAAACAGAAAGAAUCUGCUCCCAAAGAAGAAGCAGAGGAAGUUUCAGCAACAAACGAAAAAUGAAAUUUCAUGGCGUUUUCUAAGUGAUCCAAUUUUCACACAUCUUAAUUGCACAGUGUCCCACGAAUCUCUUGAAAGCUACGCAUUGUCUUUUCAGACCUGUAGGACCACUCCUUGCACCUUAAAAUGAUAUUGCUCAAGGAAAAAAAACUGAUACUGAGCCACUUACCCUUUGUAAUGUAUUGAAUCACACCAAAUAUAUACAAC